ACGAGGGUGUUCUUAACUCUUAAGCACGAUCUGAUCUGGUCGACGCGACUCACGGCCGUGGCUACUGCUUCAUUUUACGGGCAUUGGGUUUGCACCUUCACAAAAUCAAUUCAUACCAUCAUCAAUUACAUUUGUGAUUCCAAUUCUUAGGAGAGAGACAAAACAAUGGCGGAUCCUGCUAACACAACGCUUGGUAAGAUGUUAAUGGACCACAUAACUCCCGUUGUUAUGGUGCUUACUUCUCCUCUUGUUGAAGAUUCUUGUCACAAGAAUGGUCUUAGCUUUGUUGAUCUGCUCUCCCCUUUCUCUUCUUUCGACAACGUCGACGUGCCUGUACGGACAGCAAGUGACCAGCCUUACAGGAUUAGGAAGUUCAAAUUGCGAUUAUUCUAUGCUUCUGAUAUUCGAAAACCAGAACUUGAGACAGCAAAAGCGUGGUUGAAGAAAGUUGUUACUGAUGCUGGGGAAAAGGAUAAUUAUCACGAAUCUUCAGAGAUACAUAGGAAUGAAAAUAUCCUCCCACUUCCGGAGUCAAAGGCAUUGCCAUCUUGGUUCCAGAUAUUCAACCAAGAGCUAAUACAAGCCUCAUCAUUUUCUGAUCAUGAAGCAUUUGACCAUCCUGUUGCUUGCCUUUUGGUUGUUUCAUCGAAGGAUGAAGAACCAAUCAAUAAAUUUGUUGACCUUUUCAACAAAACCAAGUUGCCCUCUCUUCUGAAUGAUGGUGCAAUGGAUCCUAAAAUUCUAAAACACUAUAUUGUAUUGCAUGACAAUCAAGAUGGUCCUCUGGAAAAGGCAUCAAAGGUUUUGUCAGAGAUGAAAAACACAUAUGGAUCAACUGAUUGUCAAUUGUUGUGUAUCAAUUCUUCACAGGGUGGAUCAGUAGAUAGUCAGGCAAACCCUUGGUCUUCUUGUAAACAAAUCAAGGAACAUUUUCUUGACACUGAUAAUAUUGAUCAGAUUAAGGUCCUCAUGCAAGAUCUAACGACCAAACACGUAAUUCCACACAUGGAGCAAAAGAUACGGGCCCUAAAUCAGCAGGUUUCUGCUACAAGGAAAGGUUUCAAGAACCAAAUAAAAAAUUUGUGGUGGAGAAAAGGGAAGGAAGAUAUACCAGAUACCCCUGAUGGCCCAGCGUAUACUUUCAGCUCCACUGAAUCACAAAUUAGAGUGUUGGGUGAUUAUGCCUUCAUGCUAAGAGACUAUGAUCUUGCUUUAUCAAAUUACCGACUUAUUUCCAUGGACUAUAAGCUUGACAAAUCCUGGAAACGUUAUGCUGGUGUUCAGGAAAUGAUGGCAUUGACUUACUUUAUGAUGGAUCAAGCAAGCAAGGAAGCAGAGAGCUGCUUGGAUAGUGCCUUCACUACAUACUUAAAACUUGGGCUGCGAGGCCAGCAAAAUGCUGUUCGUUGCGGGCUUUGGUGGGCUGAAAUGUUGAAAGCAAGGGAUCAUUAUAAAGAGGCAGCCAGUGUUUACUUCCGUGUUUCUGGUGAGGAACCAUUGCAGUCAGCAGUAAUGCUUGAGCAAGCAUCUUACUGUUACUUAUUUUCAGUGCCACAAAUGUUACGAAAGUAUGGAUUUCACCUCAUUCUUUCGGGUGAUUCUUAUAAAAAAUGUGCUCAGGUACAUAUACUGAACAACAAGGGCCUUCAAGGUUUCUUAUUAAUGAAGCACGCUAUUCGUACAUACAAAACUGCUCUUUCUGUAUUCAGUGGGACUUCCUGGGGUCUAAUCAAAGAUCACAUACAUUUCCAACUUGGCAAGUGGUUUGCUUUACUCGGAAUGUUUGAUGUGGCAAUUGAGCAUAUGCUAGAAAUUCUGGCCUGUACCCAUCAAUCCAAGGCAGCACAGGAGUUAUUUCUUGGGGAUUUUCUUGAACUUGUUCAGAAAACAGGGAAAACAUUUGAAGUUUGCAGACUUCGUUUGCCUGUUGUCAAGCUCCCUUCACUUAGAGUCGUCUUUGAAGAUCAUCGAACAUAUGCUUCACCUGCUGCUGUUGGUGUAAGAGAAAGCAUAUGGAAGUCAUUGGAGGAAGACAUGAUUCCAUCAUUAUCGAACGCCAAAUCCAACUGGUUGGACUUACACACGAAGCUUGUGCCGAAGAAAUGUAAGCAAUCAAGCAUCUGCAUUGCUGGAGAAGCAAUAAAGAUUGAUAUAGGGUUCUCAAACCCACUUCAAAUCCCAAUUCUAAUCUCAAAUGUUUCUCUGAUAUGCAAGUACUUCAUUACAAGUGAUGAAAUGGAAAGAGAUGAUAUUGGGUCUUCCACAAAUUUACAAAAUGAUGAACAGCUGAGGGAGUUAAUUGCUGGAGGUGAUGGAAAUGCAGACAAAGAUCCAUUUACAUUGUCUGAAGUUGAAUUUUCUCUCAAUGGGGGUGAAACACUACUUGUACAUUUGACUGUUACCCCCAAAGUAGAAGGGAUACUGAAAGUGGUUGGAGUGAGGUGGAAAUUGUCAGGCUCAGUUGUCGGAUUUCAAAUAUUUGAGUCUGAUCAAGUAAAGAGAAAGAAUGCAAAUAAGAGGAAACCUAAACAAUCUAAUGGAAAUGAACUGACAUUCUUGGUUAUAAAGUCUUUACCAAGGCUUGAAGGUUCCAUCCGUUCCCUGCCUAAAAAAUCAUACCUUGGUGAGGUGCAUCGUCUUGUUUUGGAGCUGAAAAACCACUCCAAGGUGCCCGUAAAGAAUCUGAAGGUGAGGAUCAGUCAUCUUAGAUUCCUGGCUCUUGGAAGUCGAGAAGCUUUGAAUUUAGAGUUUCCUGCUAGUCUUCGGAUGGAUAAUAAUGAAAAAGUUGGUCAUGCUGUUCAGAGUGAUGAAACGGCUUCUCUUUUCCAAUUUCCCGAGGAUUUUGUGAUUCAAGGAGAAGAACCAGUCUUGUGGCCUGUUUGGUUUAGAGCUGCUUUACCUGGAAUGAUUUCUUUGUAUAUAACAAUUUAUUAUGAGGUGGGAGAUGGAUCAAGCGUCAUGAGAUAUCGUACCCUUCGUAUGUGUCAUAUAUGUGAGGUUUUGCCAUCGCUGGAUGUGUCUUUCCAUGUCAGCCGUUGCCCAUCAAUAUUGCGGGAAUUUCUUGUACACAUGGAUCUUGUAAACAAAACUAGUUCACAGAGUUUUGAAAUUCAUCAGUUGUCAUGUUUAGGAGACCAGUGGGACAUCACAAUGCUCCAACCUGUGAACAUCCCAUCUCCUAUAAUGGCAGGCCAAGCAUUAUCUUGCUUUUUCAAGCUGCAGAAUGGCAGGAAAGCAACCAUCAAAGAAGAUGAAACUUCUCAUUUUGAAAGCAGAGGAAGCCAUGUAAAAUUAGGUGCUAAGGCUCACAAUGCAGAUUUGUUUGAUGUAUCUGCCUCACCUGUUGCUGAUUUCCAUAAGCAUGAAAGCUUGCAUGAAGAAAAAAUUGAGCAGCGGAGAUAUGCUGAAACAGUGGAUUUCAUCUUAAUGUCUCAUCCUCAUAAUAUGAGCACUGAGUCUGCAGAUCAUUCUCGGCUUUUUUCUCAUCACACUUGUCUUUGCAGUGUUGCAAGUAAUGGUCCUCUUUGUUGGAUGAUGGAUGGGCCCAGAAUGAUUCACCAUAAUUUUGGUACCUCUUUAUGUGAAAUAAAUUUAAAGAUAAGAAUCCACAACUCUCUUGACGCUGCAGUGUCUGUGCGCAUUGAUCCGGAAUCUGGCUCUAGCACCAGCCAGUCAAAUAAUUCUAGUGCCUCUUCUGAAAACCGAGCUGGAUGGCAUGAAGUUUCCUUGGCUUCUGAAGGUAAGAUCACCUCGGAUACUCUUGGAAGCACUCGACAUGACCAGCAAAUGUCUGGAGAGAGUGCAUCCCCAUUUAUAUGGUGUGGAUCAAGCUCUACCAGAGUCAAAGUGGCACCGUUGUCCACUACCGAAGUACCAAUUCAAAUUUGUGUAUUUGCACCGGGCACUUAUGAUAUAUCUAAUUACCAAUUGCACUGGGAAUUGUUGCAAUCGGAAGGUGGUGGUUGUGAUGCAGACUCUAAGCAGUCUUCUGGGAUCUUUCCAGGCCAAUCCUUUUAUCUCACUGUGCUGCAGUCUACAUAAUUGAAUAUGCUGGAACUUGGUUCUGCAUCACAUGUAUGUGUUGAUCUAAGUACUUGGGUUUCCAUCAAAAAACAGAAGCUACUCUUUGGCUUGUAUAUUAUUUAUAGUCAUUGAUAUCAAUUUUGGAAAUAGAAGAUGUUGAAAGGCUCAAGCAUUUUUGUUAUGUAUGGUUGGAAGUUGGAAGAUAGUUUAACCUCCUUUUUAGGUGAUCCAGUGUUCUAAUCUCAAGUUGGAUGUUUAGGUUAGUAGAGUCGCCAACAGUUUAUUUGGAUUAGCGGCUUAUAUGUACAAUUUAAUAGAGCUAUUGUUAGGACAAGUUUGAUUGAUCAGAUGUAAUUCAUUGCUUGUAUCAUCCACCCAUACAUAAGCUACCCUCUCAAUUGAAUCA